AUGGCCAUAGCGUUACCUAGACACGUAAGAUUACCACCUUUGCCCACCGUCAGGGAUUUAGUUAAGUUGUACAGAAUAAAAGCCCUGAAACAAUUGUCUCAAAAUUUUUUAAUGGAUGAGCGCAUCACCGACAAAAUCGUUAAAAACGCGGGCAACAUCAGCGAUCAUUACGUCUGCGAGGUGGGUCCCGGUCCAGGCAGUAUUACGCGGUCCAUUAUUAAACGUGCUCCGCGGCGUCUUAUUGUGGUAGAAAAGGAUCCAAGGUUCCUGCCUGCACUGGAACUGCUUCGUGAGGCUAGCAGGGACGUAACUGAUAUGCAUAUUGAGAUCAACGAUAUCCGCGAGUAUAACAUGGAGAAAGGUUUUGAUGGGGCGCCGAAGCACGAGUGGGAGGAUGCAGAGCCCCCAAUCCAUCUCAUAGGCAAUCUUCCAUUUAGCGUGUCAACAAAUUUGAUAAUACGAUGGUUAAAGUCGGUUUCAGAAAGGACUUCGGCGUGGUCCUACGGCCGAACUUCUAUGACGCUUACGUUCCAGCAGGAAGUGGCCGAAAGAAUUGUGGCGCGACCCGAUAGUGAGUCACGUUGCCGUUUGUCGGUAAUGUGCCAGAUAUGGGCGAAAGCGCAACUGAAAUUCACGAUACCGGGCAAAGCGUUCAUCCCGAAACCAGACGUAGACGUGGGUGUGGUCACGUUAAUACCUAGACGGCAGCCGUUACUGAAUAUUCCAUUCAAGACGGUGGAAAAAGUCGUACGAUCAGUUUUUAACAUGCGGCAGAAGUAUUGCGUGAAAGGGGUGGAGAGGUUGUUUCCGGAAGAGUUACGAGGCGAGUUGAGCGCGCGGAUGCUCGAUAUGGCAGACGUUGAAGCAACCAGGCGCCCCUUUCAGUUGACUAACGAAGAAUUUGUGAGGUUAUGUGGUGCUUACGUGACGCUGUGCGACGAACGGGAAAAUCUUUCAGCCUUCGACUCGCGCAUGCCGAAAAUUUUGCGGGAACAAAUGGUUUGGGGCUGACGUUAAUUUGUAGUUAUAAAAAUGUUGUUAAUAAAUUUUGCGUUUUCAUU